AUGGAGGCGGCGCUGAGUCCCAAGGCCGGCGGUGCCUAUGAGCGCUUACUAUUGACGCCGAACCUGGAAAAGCUGCGGGAUCUGUUGGUCGUGAGUGGCGUGAGCUCUGCUGAAAUGGGGGAGGGAGACAGCAACCAUGGGCUGCGACUCGGUGCCACGCUCGAGACGGUCAAGGAAGGUCAUCGUCGGCAGCUCAAAGUCAUGUCCAUUGUCGGCUUGUGCUAUUUUGCUGUGUGCGGUGGACCCAUUGGAUCCGAGUACAUCAUUUCAGCUGGUGGCCCGUUGAUCGGGUUCAUCUUUUUGCUCUUGUUCCCUUUCAUCUUUGGCAUCCCGAUUGCCUACGUUACGGCGGAGCUUAGCACCACGUUCCCGCAAGAUGGUGGCUACACGGUGUGGGUGCUCAACGCUUUCGGACCGUUCUGGGGAUUCCAGUGCGGUUAUUGGGCCUGGAUAUCCGGCGUGAUCGACAAUGCCAUCUACCCGGCACUGGCUGUGGCUACGUUCACGGAUGUCUAUGGAUCCAUCAACUCGCCUGUUGCAGAAUACUUCAUCAAGGCAGGUAUUGCCGUGGCUCUAGCUUUACCGAACCUACUGGGUAUUCGUAUCGUGGGCCGAGGUAUGGCAGUGAUGUCCAUCUUCGUCAUGAUCCCGUUUGCCGUCCUCUUUAUCUGGGGAGUCGUUCGCGCGGAUGACUGGGACGCAGUGGGCGACAUCCGUCGUUCUGAUAUUAUAUAUGAUGAAAACGGAGACUUCAUAAGCAUGUCCGGCAGUAUCAACAUCGAUUGGUCUCUGCUGAUCAACACCCUCUUCUGGAACUUCAAUGGCGCAGUAGGCAUGUCGGUGUUUGGUGGCGAGGUGGCCAAUCCGGGCCAGACGUAUCCCCGUGCGCUGAUGAUCUCUGUGCUUUUGGUAGCGCUCACGUAUUUGGCGCCACUAUUUAGUGCUACGGUGUUUAACUCGCCGCACUGGACGACUUGGGAGGAAGGCUCAUUUUCGAGCAUUGCAGAAGACAUCGGUGGCAGCUUUCUAUCGAACUGGGUCGUGCUAGCAACGUUCUGCAGCAAUGCUGGUAUGUACAUUGCCGAGCUGUUCUGCGAUUCGUUCCAGAUCCUGGGUAUGGCAGAGUGUGACCUCGCUCCAGCAUUCCUCAAAGCGCGCAACAAACAGUUCAACACUCCACACAACGCUGUCUACGCCAGUCUUGUGAUCAUUCUAGUGCUCAUCAAGUUCGAGUUCGACGAAAUUAUUGGCAUGACCAACGCGCUCUCGGCCUUUUAUCAAUUGUUGAUCUUAGUUGCGUUCAUCAAGCUGCGCUUCUCGCAACCAGACAUUGAACGUCCAUUCAAAGUUCCUGGAAACAUCGCUGUGCUGAUCACUGCACUCCUGAUCCCGAGUGCAUUGCUAAUCUACAUUGCCGUGGACGUCUUCUUCUCGCUCGUUCCGGCGAUACUGGUCGUCGGCGUGACCCUGGCUGGUCUCCUAUAUGCCCGUUGGCGCAAAUUCACUCGCGCGCAGUUCCGCCAGCUUACCACCACCACCGAAUCCUGA